AUGGCACCGCCUUGUCAUCGUGCACGGACUCCUGACACACCCACGAACGAACAGCUAGCCCAGAACCUGCAGCGUCUGACUCAGAACACGCAAACCCUGAGCAAUGCACUCCCCCACAACAACAACAAUCAACCACCGCCAGAUGGGAAUCGGGACGUUGCCCGACAAGUCUCCAAUCACCGCCCUCCGACCUUUGCCGGGGAAGAAGACCCCACGGUCUUGGAAGAAUGGGUUCGUACCAUGGACAAGAUUUUCACCGUAGCUGGGUGUUCCGAGGAAUGCCGAGUUGAGUUAGCAGUUUUCUUUUUCACCCAUGAAGCCAAUUUGUGGUGGGUCCACGAGGGACCGGUGUGUCAGGAAGAACCGGGGUUUGGUUUGGAAGCGUUGAAAGACAAGCUCCGAGAACGUUUUUAUCCUUCUCAUGUUCGGGCGGCAAUGUACGAAGAGUUUCUCCACUUGAAGCAAGGGGCCUCAACUGUGGUAGAGUACCACAAGUGGUUUCUCAAGUUAGCUCGCUUUGCGUGCAUUUUGGUCCCUAAUGAAGCCGCCAAGGUGGAGAAUUUUGUGGCCGGGCUCAAUUAUGAGGCAAGGAAAUCUCUAAAGGUGUUCAAACCAAGGACGCUCAGCGAAGCCUAUACCAGUGCUGCAGAUUUGUAUCGGGUCCAACAGUUGCAAAGGGGGCCAAGUGAACAAGUGAAUAGGAGAGUUGAGGGAGGAGGAUGUUCGAGCUUUAAGAAACCAAGGAGCGAUUUCACUGCUAAGGCAACCUACUCUCAAGGACAGGGAUCGGCAAGGGCACAUUCGGAGGUAAGAAAGGGGCCGACUCUGUGUAGAAGGUGUGGUAAGGAUCACAUCGGAAGAGACUGCCAAGAAAAUCUGAUUCAAUGCUUCAACUGUGGAAGAAGAGGACACAAGUCCCGUGUUUGUCCUUACCCGGUUGAACAAGGAGUACCACCCCAGCACCCCGCUAGUGCAAGACCACUUGUUCCGGGUCAAUCAGGAGGUGGAAACAAUUAG